AAAUGGCUGCCCUCAUAACCUGGCGUGGGCCAACUUGUUUUUCACGGUGCUUGGUGAAACGGGCUCAAGCAAAAAUAAUUUUAAGAAACCAGCAUUCAUGGAGGACACAUCAUGUAUUGAUACAUGGGAAUAAUAACAAAUAUAGUUUAUGCACCAAGCUUACCAGGCAUCACUGGAAGAUACUAAGUACAACAUCAGUCAUAAGACAUAAUAGCAGUACAACACAUACCCAAACACAACCAGUAGCAGAUGUUACAGAGAAGCUUUCACAAAUCGACCCUUCCAGUACUGUUGUGGCGCAAUCAGUAACACCAGAAGUAACAGAAAUAGUCCAGAAAGUACAAGAAGUACCCUUCUCAGAACUAGGUCUUGGAAAUUUCACACCUGUUGGUGCGAUACAGAAUUGUUUAGAGUUUUUACAUAUAAAUCUUCAUUUACCGUGGUGGAGUGCAAUUGUUGUAGGUACGGUAAUUGCCAGGUUUCUCAUCUUCCCCGUCGUUAUUAGAGGUCAAAGAAAUGCAGUCAAACUGAAUAAUGUUAUGCCGACAGUACAGAGAUUGACCAAUAAAAUGAAUGAAAUUAGAUCUUCAGGAAGCCAGUUAGAAAUUGCCCGGGCAACUAAUGAGUUGCAGAUGUUUAUGAAAAAGCAUGGGGUGAACCCAAUGAAAAAUAUGUUGGUACCGUUAGUACAGGCUCCUAUCUUUAUUUCUUUCUUCAUUGGUCUGAGGAAAAUGGCGGCAUUGCCUGUGGAGAGUAUGCAAACUGGUGGUUUAUAUUGGUUUACUGAUCUCACCAUAGCCGACCCUUACUACAUUAUGCCUGCUAUUGCUACACUAUCAAUGCUGUGUAUAAUUGAGCUUGGCGGUGAGACUGGUGUGCAGAAUCCACAGAUGCAGAACAUGAAAACAGUGAUGAGGAUUUUACCAUUUGUAAUAUUACCUUUCACAGCAUCUAUGCCAGCGUCCGUCUUCUGCUACUGGUUGACAUCCAAUUUCAUAUCACUUGGUCAGGUUGCACUUUUAAAAAACCCCAACGUUAGAGCAUACUUCAAUAUACCAGAAAGGAUUGUACAUGCGCCAGGAGAAACGACAAAACCUGAAGGCUUUGUCAAAAAUCUAAAGUCAGGGUGGAAGAAUGCACAGAUGCAGCAGGAGAUAGAACAGCGGGAAAAGUUCCUGGAAAGGGGCUUCAAGCAAGCCGGCACGGGAGCAAUACCACAGACAUUUGAUUAUGAUCCCACGCAAGCUAGGCCAGGUUCACAACAGACAUCAACGAAACAGAAAGUCAGAGCUGUCAGAAAGAAAGUUACAUAAAUGAAAAAUCAUGCUGGAACUUGAAGCAUCCUACUUCUGUAUUCAUGUGAGAAAGCAGAUCUUGCAGUGCGAGAAAAUGGUCCCCAAUGUGGGAAAAACCGCAUUUAUAUUUUUCAGAAAAAAUAGAGAUAUAUUAACAAGAACUCAACUUGACAAUGUGUAAUUAAAUCCAGCAACUUCAUUUGUCUUGAAUACUAGAUAUUCUUGCUUGCUAUUACAAAGUAUAGGGGAUCAACGGAGAAGGAACCAUUUCAUGCUGCUAGAUGUUGUUUGAUUAAGCCCAGUUUAUAUAAGAACAUUGACACCCCCUCUUAAAAUGUAGCCUAGACACAACAGGUGUUGGACAGGAGUGGUAUCUUGCAGAUGAUAGAAUUCGAUAGAGUUCCGACAACCAGUUUGAUCAAUGGUUCACUUUGAACUUGUUUUUAUACAGACAAUGUAUAAAUGUGUUGCAUAUUUAUCUUUUUGCAUAUAAAUUUUCCCCCGACAAAAUUGUGAUGCAGUUUUUGCACAUUUUUAUGAAUUUUUAUAAUUUCUUUGUUAAUUUUGAACCAGAUGGACUCAAUUUCUCAUUGGUUACAGAUCUUGAUCAAAAUAUGAAGAAAAUAUGGGAUAAAUUAUAAGGAUGCUUUUUAUGAAAGGUGACUUUAAUAGAGCUCAAAGGGUUGAAUUAAAUUUACCGGUUUCACCUCCCUCUAAGAUAAGUUGUAUCACAGUGGUUGGCAAAAUCCCAACAAGCUGGCCCUCGAGUGUGACAAUGGCAUAUGAAAAUGUAAAUUAUACAAUUACAGUUUUCUAGUAAAACCCUUGAGUGUUAUCUACUGUAAAAAUAGUGUUACUAAGUAGCAAGAUAACUUUGUACACAGUGUCAUAUUAAUAAAUAUAUUAGUGUAUGGUUUGA